AUGGGGAUGGAGAGGACAGAACGACACCGAAUGCCUCCCACCGGGGGAACGACCACAGGAAAGGACAUGCUCAUCCAGCAGAGAGACGAGCGGAAGAGGGAACGACAGGUGUGUGGGGACACGGCGGAGCCUGGCGGUCAAUGUCGAGCGCGCCCAGCUACACCGGAGCAUCUCUACGCCCGGGUCCCCAUCACGCAGGUUUCCUGCGGCCUGGGCAGCUCAUUGCUGUGCGCACUAACCAGCUCCAUCUGCAAGCCGUCCUCCCCCGGAGAGGGAUGGGACCUCGUCAUCCCCGUCCACGAAUGGGCUGCCUCCUCGGCCGAAGAACCGCAGUCUGACCCGGGGGCACACGAAGCCAGCGGGGACAACCAGCGGGACUUUCCCCUCGGCACGCCCCCUCCCCAACUCCGGGGCGGCCCCCGGACUCUCAGGGCCCGCCAGGCUUGCUCCCCGCCGCCCCCGGCGGGAUCCCCCCAUCCCGGCCGGACCAGCCCCGCACGGGCGCUCCCGGGGCGGCCAGCCCUCUCGCCGAUCGCCCGGUCCCAGCGCAGGCCCACCCCACCUGCGCCCCGGCCCCGACGGCCUCUGGACCACACCCAGCGCUCCCUUCCAGCCCCCCAGUUUCUUUCCAGAACUGCCCCCCUCCCCUGGGCCCCUGCGGUCCCCGGAGGCCGGGCCGCGCCGCCCCGGCCCCGACGCGCCUCCAGGUGGGGUGUGGAGCGCCGGGAGCGCCCGGAGGAGAGCGCGCGGGGGGCGCAUGUUGCGGGGCCCCGGCGGCCGUGCGGGAGGGAGAGCAGGCGGGGAGAACCGCCGCCCCCCGAGGGGUCCCGUCCUUGGCCUGCGGGCUUCCUUGUGGCACGUCCCUUGCUCGUGCUCACACAGCCAGCGGCGGAGUCGGCGCCGGCGCCUCCACCAGCUGCCUCGCCCUCCGCCAGUGCCCACGACAGUGCGGGGGCCGAGCCCUGCGCUGGGGCGCGUGUCUUCCGAAGACCUCCGCUGCCCCGGCGCCCGUUACCUGUCUGUGCGCUCAGCUUGGUGUCACCGACGCGCGGCCUCAGCGUCUCCCCGCUGGGGUGCCCUGCAGGCCGGUCUCUGGUGCCCUGCAGGCCCGAGACCACACUGUGA